CGUGAAGUGGGACGGACUCUCUCUGAGAGUUACAGCAAUCAAGACAUGUUACAGCUUGGAGACAAAAACAAGCAGUGUGUGAUGGAAGCGAGAAACAUUGGGUCUCUCAUUGCUAGAAUUCAAAUUUGAAUGCUGCUGUUUUAACUAUCCAUCUGUGUUUUAAGUUGAGCCCGCGUCUCCCUCUCUCGCUCUCGCUCCCUUUGACCACCUCGGUCACUCCCCAACACCAAUUUGACUGACCAUCCAUUUUUAAUAAUCAGUCCAAGCCCCUUUCUUUCCUCUUCUUGCUAUCACAUUCCCUCAAAUCAUGGACAAACAUACAACACAAAAGAUGGGAACGUUUGAUGCUGAGGCUGAGUCUGUGAUUACUAGCAGCUUUCAGGAUCUCAGUUUCACUAACAGCACUGUUAGUAUCGGCUUGUGUAGUUCCGUCUCUGAUAAUAGUGUUGGUAAUAGCAGCAAUGUGAGCAAUGGUACUGCUGCUAGUGAAUCUAAAGAGAGUGAAAGGGCUAGUUUGAUUUUUGACCCAAAUGAGGCUAGCUUCAGGAGCUCCUACACUUCGAAACCCCAUAAGGGAAAUGACUUUAGGUGGGAUGCUGUACAGUGUGUAAAGGGUAAAGAUGGGGAUUUGGGGAUGGGUUUGGGUCAUUUUAGGUUAUUGAAGAAACUUGGUGUCGGGGAUAUAGGGAGUGUAUAUUUGGCUGAGUUGAGAGGGAUGGGUUGCUUGUUUGCAAUGAAGGUAAUGGAUAAAGGAAUGUUAGCUGGGAGGAAGAAGUUGUUGAGAGCUCGAACUGAGAGAGAGAUUUUAGGUUUGUUGGAUCAUCCAUUUUUACCAACCCUUUAUUCGCAUUUCGAGACCGAUAAGUUUUCUUGUUUGUUAAUGGAGUUUUGCAGUGGUGGGGAUCUUCAUAUACUAAGGCAGCGACAACCUGGCAAGCAUUUUAGCGAGCAGGCAGCAAGGUUUUAUGCUUCGGAAGUGCUUCUUGCUUUAGAGUACUUGCACAUGAUGGGCGUUGUAUAUAGAGAUUUGAAGCCUGAAAAUGUGUUGGUGAGGGAGGAUGGCCAUAUUAUGCUUUCGGACUUUGAUUUGUCAUUAAGAUGCUGUGUGAGUCCCACUCUUGUUCAAUCUAGUACUGUGUCGUCUUGUAAGAUUUCUUCAUACUGUAUUGAGCCAUCAUGUAUUGAUCCAGCCUGCAAGUUGCCCGUUUGUGUAGAGCCUUCUUGCUUGCAACCAUCUUGCCUUAAACCUCGUUUCUUCAACCCCAAGAUAGCAAAAGUUAAAAAUGAAAAGCCAAACCUGGCAAGUUCAAAUUCACUUCCUGUACUUGUUGCAGAACCAACCACCGCUCGUUCCAUGUCAUUUGUCGGUACCCAUGAGUAUUUAGCACCGGAGAUAAUAAGAGGAGACGGCCAUGGAAGUGCUGUUGAUUGGUGGACGUUCGGUAUCUUCUUGUAUGAAUUGAUACUUGGUAGGACUCCCUUUAAAGGCAAUGGAAAUCGAGAGACAUUGUUUAAUGUGGUAGGUCAGCCCCUAAAAUUUCCUGAAGGAUCUUCUGUCAGUUUUGCGGCAAAAGAUUUAAUCCGUGGUCUGCUCAUGAAGGACCCGCAAAAGAGAUUAGGGUUCAAAAGAGGUGCUACAGAGAUCAAGCAGCAUCCUUUCUUUGAGACUGUUAACUGGGCUCUCAUUCGCGGCACUCACCCUCCAGAAAUUCCAAAACCAGUUGACCUUUUAUCUUUGAAUCUCGCAUUCAAGUCAUCCUUGGCUCCCAAUGAUAACAGAGCUACAGAUUCUGACAGAUCAUCAGGUCCCUUUUUAGAUUUUGAAUUCUUCUAAUGAGUUUUGUUCUUUAAGUGGCGAGUUUACGUUAUUUUUGUGUGUUCAUCUUCUCAAUGGAAUCUCAUCUCCUUGGCAUCUCCUUGGCAUCAAACCCUUGUUAUCAGAUUAUCUGUUCUGUUUGUUACAAGUGCUGAGCAAGCAGCAUUUGGGUUCGUAAUAUAAAACUUCUGUCUUAGAACCCCCAUGAAAGUUGACACUUUCCCUGGAUAGUUUCAUUCCCAUCCUGCUGUGUAAGCUUCAGCUAUGUGAUUUCUCGAGAGGGGGCCUCCAAUGGUGGGCAUUGAGCCUUUUCAUAACCCGCACUUUAUAGCAUACAUAGCUGCAUUGACCCAGUUACUCUCUCUUUAGCUGCAGGGAGAGCUUUCGUGAAAGAGAUUGAAUUGGACUGCUAGUAGAAAAGCUGUGGAUGCUUGUAGCCAUGAGAUCAUGAGGUGUCCGCAUCGUAUUGAUCCUUGGCUCCUUUUAUUUGCUUUUUUAACAGUUUGAGUUUCUGCUUCCUUGAAUUGUUAUCAAGUCGGGCUCUUCCCGAUGAA